CUUGUGACUUUAAAAGCGCAGUGUGGACUUGGGUGACUGAGAUAGUAGCGGUGCAGAGUUGGGUCACGUGGUCUCACUCCUGGGAGCUUUGAGUCAAUGCAGCAAAAGUCAGCACGCUCCACCAUCAUCAUCCCAGGUGAAGCCGGAACGAGAUGCAAUGGCUACUCCAUCUCCAGCCAAGAGUAUGGGCGACCCAGGCAUCACGCCACUUUCCCCCACACAUGUACUGAAUGACUCAGAAGAGAAUGAGCCUACGAGGCACCCAUAUGUGGUGGUGGUGGCCAUCGACUUUGGCACCACCUCCAGUGGCUACGCAUAUGCCUUCAAUAAAGAACCAGAGUGCAUUCACACUAUGAGGCGCUGGGAGGGUGGAGACCCAGGUGUGUCCAAUCAGAAGACGCCCACCACCAUUCUACUGACCCCAGACAAGAAGUUCCACAGUUUUGGUUAUGCAGCCCGAGACUUUUACCAUGACUUGGAUCCCACCGAGUCUAAGCAAUGGCUCUAUUUGGAGAAGUUUAAAAUGAAACUACACACCACUGCAAAUCUGUCCAUUGAUACGGAUUUACAUGCGGCCAAUGGGAAAAGGGUGAAAGCUCUGGAUAUUUUUGCUUAUGCGCUGGCCUUUUUUAAGGAGCAGGCUCUUAAGGAGCUGAGCGAUCAAGCAGGGGCGGAUUUUGACAAUGCUGAUGUCAGAUGGGUCAUCACUGUACCGGCCAUCUGGAAGAUGCCGGCCAAGCAGUUUAUGAGAGAGGCAGCGUAUAAGGCUGGUCUGGUUUCUCGCGAAAACCCUGAUCAGCUGAUCAUUGCUCUGGAACCAGAGGCUGCGUCCAUUUACUGCAGGAAGCUCCGCCUCCACCAAAUGGUUGAUUUGGGCACCAAAACAUCCCUGAACGGUUACAGCCCAACAGAGAAUGUUGGGGGGGGGAUGACCCAGGCCAAGGAGCAUGUGCGCCGUAACCGACAGAGCCGCACCUUUCUGGUGGAGAAUGUCAUAGGAGAGCUCUGGUCUGAACUCACUGAAGGUGACCGUUAUGUGGUGGUGGAUUGUGGAGGAGGGACAGUGGAUCUCACUGUGCAUCAGAUCCGGCUGCCGGAAGGGCACUUGAAGGAGCUUUACAAAGCUUCAGGAGGCCCGCACGGCUCUAUCGGUAUUGAUUAUGAAUUUGAGAAGCUCCUAUGUAAGAUAUUCGGGCAGGAUUUCAUCGACCAGUUUAAGAUCAAGCGUCCGGCCGCCUGGGUGGAUCUGAUGAUCGCGUUUGAGUCUCGUAAGAGGGCCGCAGCUCCUGACCGAAGCAACCCGCUGAAUAUUAACCUGCCCUUCUCUUUCAUCGACUACUACAAGAAAUUCAGAGGACACAGUGUGGAGCAUGCACUGAGGAAGAGCAAUGUGGACUUUGUGAAGUGGUCUUCGCAGGGAAUGCUGAGAAUGAGUCCAGAUGCGAUGAAUGCGCUGUUCAAACCAACUAUAGACCACAUUAUACAGCACCUGACUGAGUUAUUCGACAGGCCGGAGGUGACAGACAUCAAGUUCCUUUUCCUGGUGGGGGGAUUCGCAGAGUCUUCACUGCUGCAGCAGGCGGUUCAGAAUAUGCUUCAGGGCCGCAGCCGAAUUAUUAUUCCGCAUGAUGUGGGCUUGACCAUCCUCAAGGGGGCGGUGUUGUUCGGCCUGGAUCCCAGCAUCAUAAAGGUGCGGCGCUCUCCGCUCACUUACGGCGUUGGCGUCCUUAACCGUUUUGUAGAAGGGAAGCACCCGCCCGAGAAGAUGCUUGUAAAGGACGGUAUGCGCUGGUGCACCGACGUUUUCGAUACGUUCAUCUCUGCCGAUCAGUCGGUGGCGCUGGGUGAAACGGUAAAACGCAGCUACACGCCGGCGAAGCCGUCACAGCAGGUGAUUGUCAUCCACGUUUACUGCUCAGAAAAAGAGUCUGCCAUUUUCAUCUCAGACCCAGGUGUGAGGAAGUGCGGUACGCUGAAGCUGGAUGUGAGCGGUACUGAGAGUCCAGCAGCACGAAGAGAGAUCCAGACGCUCAUGCAGUUCGGAGACACGGAGAUACGAGCCAUGGCUAUUGAUGUGGCAACCUCUCGCAGUGUCAAAGCUAGCAUCGAUUUCCUUAGUAGUCAAUAAAAAAAGAUGAGGGAUGAGUAAGCAACACUGCAGAAACUCAGUAUUUUAGUCAUGUUUUCCAGUAAAAUGUC